GUAGUGUGGGUGGCAUAUCGAGUCUUCGUGAAAUCAGUGAUUAUCUGCUGCCCAAUGGCGGUAUGAUAAAUUUGGCACCGGGUCAGUGCCCUUAUGAUCAUAUCAUUGAAAUGAUACGAGGUCUAGAUCUCGACGACGAUGGCAUUACAAUGAAUCACAAAAUCAAAUCGAUUGAAAUGGAUUUUUGUAAUAUUGUUCAGGAUGAGAAUAUGCUUUGUGAAUCAAUGGCCUAUAUUAAUGACAAAGCUCUUGAGGAUGGAGAGACGGCAUUAAAAUUUGCAUUAUUAUUUGCCUCACGUAAUUUCGAUGUCUUGGCCAUGAAAGAGACCAAGGUGCGCACGGCCAUGUUAACCCUGCUGCAAAAGAAUUUCGUCAAUUCGGAAAACUAUCGACUAUAUGAUCGUGAACGUUUGUAUAAUUCUAUAAUAUUGCUAGGUGAAUACUAUCAUCGAGUGCGUUUGGCUGACAAUGCCCCCAUAACAAUUUUGGGCGAAUCCCUGCUAAGUCUUUUGAUUCGAGAAAUUAGCGAGGAGAAAAAUGUCAAUAAUGUUAAAUUGGUAAAAUUGAUAUUGUCACAAAUUACCCUAAAUGGUGGCCUAUUGCGCAAUCUACACAAUGCCGAUCUAUCACAACUUUUAUAUCUGAUACGAAAGAACUUGAUUGAACAGCCAAAUUUGAAACCGAACGUCAAAGCCAUUAUGUUAAUGACUUUGGAUUUGUUUUAUAGUAAUUUUGAAAGUCUCGGUUCACAGUUGGAGGGUAUGUAUUCGAAAUAUCUGAUAAUGGAAGAUGAUGAUGACCCGGAGGAUAUGGGUAAUAAUAAUCAAAAUAUGUCAUCACCACCUGCUCAACAACAAACACAACAACAGUCUCCAUAUUCUAACAAUACCUGCCCAACAACAAAUAAUACACAACGUCAAGGCUAUAUAAAGGAAACGUCGUGUAACAAUUACGAUGAAGUUCCCCUGCCAUCAUCUUCAAAUAACACCAGCUAUGAAAAUGGUGAUUCGGGAAAUGUCAACGAUAAUACCGAAGAAGAUCAUGAUAAUUACAAGCGAUGGAAUGAUCAGGAAUGUGGAGAUUCUUUGGAAGAGUGUGACAUCAAUGUCGGUGGUGGUGGUAAUAGUGCCACUAAUCGUGGUGCUACAUACCGACAUGAUGACCGCGACCAGUUGCAUUCGUCCAAUAGCCGACAUGAAAAUGAUCCAGAUCGAGAUAGUCGUAAUUCAAGGCGUUCAUAUCAACCCAGACAAUCGCCAAGACCCUUGAAUCAGAACUAUAAUCGACAACAACAACAUGAAAAUCAACAACAUGCUAGGGACUCACAGAAUAGUGGUAAUGAGGAGCGUGACGAAUCAAAACCCCUGCCACGUUGGCGUGCACCACGUUUCAAUCGUGAUGAUCAACACAAAGACAAUCGUAGUCGUAAUGUACAGCGCCGAUUCAGUGGCAGCUUCGAUGAUGAUCGUCAAAGUGUACGCAGUGACGGUGGCAGUAUCCGUCUGUAUAGUAUAAAUGAUCGUCUCAAACAUGCUCAAGAGAAAAUCGAACGGUCCGGCAAUCCAAGCACUUAUACGGGCAUUGCAAAUUCUAAUUGGGAUCGCCAGUCACAACGCGAUGAUCGCAGCGAACGUUCGUAUAUGAGUAAUUAUGAACGUGGCAAUAAUCAUCGUCGUGGUGGCCGGCACUACAAUCAACGCCCAAUGUAUGAUAAACCACCACGUUUCCAAAAGAAUAAAGGUGCUGCUGCGGCGAACAAUCACAAUGGAGGCGGUGGUGGUGGCGGUGCUAUGGAUAAAAAUCAGUCAUCCGAUACGUGGAGACGUUCGAAUAGCAAUCUUAAGUACUAUGAUGAAAAUUCACAAUACAAUAAUACAAAUGGUCCGGAAUCGAAUAGUCGCAGUUCGUCACGGGCUCGUACAUUGCCACGACCGGCAAAAUCUAGAAUGGAUGGCAGUGGUCCGGGUGGCAAUUCAUACAGACGUAGUCAAAGUCCCAAUAGCUAUCAAAGUGGCCGUGGAGGUGGUGGCGGCAAUCAUCACAACAGUCACAAUCAUCAAAACAAAAACCGGACACGCCACUUUGGCCAACGCUACAGCAGUCAAAGUAGUUUAGCUAGCGAAGCGUCCAGUACAUUUGAUCGCCAUACGCAGCAUCAUAGAAAUCGUUCAUUUUCCAGACGCAAUCCUUCUUCCGCCAUGCACCAGCAAUCCGAACAGCCACCACCACAACAGCAAACACAACAUAUCCCGCCACCACCGCGUAAAGAGAAGGAGAACGAAGACGAUUGGACAGACAAUGAGGCGACAAACAGUGAAUUGAUUCCAUGAAGAAACAUUUCACAGAAAAGCAUUAACAACGGCUACCUAUCUGUGUAUUUAAACGUUUACCACUUGAUAGAACCUUAACGUCGGAACGCAUCUUUCCAAU